CCCUCCUCUGUCAUAAAAUGCCUCUGGGAAGGGGGAAAGGCCGAGUAGAUUUGGGAGUUUCUGAGUGUGGCUGGAAACGCGAUGGACUCUUGGACGGCCCUAGGAGGAGGCGCUCGCCAGGCCAGCAAGAGGCCUGGAUCCAGUAGGAUCCCAUGCAGGAACUUCGCACGUGGAGCAUGUAGAUGGGGUCAGAACUGUCGAUUUUCCCAUGAUAGGAAAUCUGCCCCGAUCUGCAGGUAUUUCCAGAAUGGAUUCUGUUGCUAUGGAGACUGUUGCAGCUACCAGCAUAUCCCAGAAGCUCCAGCCUUCAGCAUGUGUGGUACAGAGUCUUCCUACCACGGACUGGAAGAAACUGGAUUGUCGGGAAACUACCAAGGGUCAGAGUCAUCCAUCUUGCCAGAGGCUUCAGUCAGGAGCCAGAGGGGGUCUUUGCGUGAGACUGAGCCAGCAGUCUUGGGCAUGGGGCAGCUGCAAAGAAACUUUGAAAGCAUGAGCAUGGCAUUUGAUGAGGAAGAUGAAGACAAGGAAAAAGCCUUUAUCCCUAAGCGACCACCAAACUGGGCUCUCAGCAAAGAAUUUGUCCCUAGGGAAACCAAUGCAGUUUCUAGCUCCCAGGAACUGAAAAUUGGUACCACAUCCCUGAAGUCAGAAAGUGAAUCCACCAAGGAGACUGCUUCUGCUUCUCUCCCCUCAGAAGAGUCAAAGGCAGCUGGUAGUUCAGAAGCAGCAACAGAAGCUGCAGUGGAACAGAGCAAAGAUGUGGUAUGUGGUAUCUGCAUGGACAAAAUCUCUCAGAAAAUCUUACCCGAGGAACGUCUGUUUGGCAUUCUUCCCAACUGUACCCAUGCUUAUUGUGUGGGCUGCAUCAGGAAGUGGCGGAAAAGCCGAGACUUUCACAGUACAGUGAUAAAAGGUUGCCCAGAGUGCAGAGUCACGUCAACUUACUUUAUUCCCAAUAAAUACUGGGUUUCUGAUACAGAAGAGAAGGAAAAACUGAUUGAGAGGUUCAAGGCACGGACUAGCAAAAUACGAUGCAAAUUCUUUGUCCGAAGCAAUGGUCACUGUCCCUUUAAAUCAGAAUGCAUCUACCUGCAUGAACUUCCUGGUGGCCAGCUUCCUACUGCAAGGCUGCGACAGAGGCCUAACAGGCGGAAUCGGUCACACUUUGUCUACAAUCCAUCUCCAUCUGAGAGCUCUGAUGAGGAUGAGGAUGUGGAUUUGUGCCUUAUUCAGUGGGCUCUUACCUUUGCGCUGUUGCACAAAGAUUCAGACUUUGACUUUUCAGACUUUCUCUCAAGUGAUUCAAGUGAUUCUUCUGAUUAGAUGAUGAUGUCCUCUUCAGAGGCCAUGUGUAUUUGGCUCCAGGAGCAGUGUUGAUGAAAUGUAAAAUGGUGCCUUGGAGGAUGGGUGCGGGAUGAAAGAUGUCUUUAGUAUAAUAAGUAUAAUGGCUUUUAGUUUUCUGUUGGAUGUAUUAUAAUAUUUUUACUGUAACCCAUAAGCUGGGAGAACACAAUGCAAGGAUUCGUUCUAUAUUGGGAAAGGCCUUCUAAUCCACCAGGCAAGAUAUUGCUAUCAUCACUGUCGGCACAUGAUGUACAUCGCACCAAUUGCACUGCUGUUGCCCUAACCUAGCCUUGCCUUAAUUGUUGCAUUUUCUGCAUUCCCUCCCACCCUUAUAGCUGAUCACAUAUUGGAUUCCCCAAUGUGUCAUAUUACAACCUUACAAGUGUCUUAUGGAAGGAUGCUGGGAUCUUCUGGUUUUGUGUGUAUUCUGAAGACGUCAUCUGUGGUCAUGCUGCUGCUUAUUUGUUUCCUCAGGAAAACUGGUUUGCUGAGCAAUGCUAUUUACAGUAGGCAGUAUCUGCAACUCACUAUUGUAUAGCAGUGCUGCUGGAUGUCUAUAUAGUAGGCCUAAUUUUGGGGGGGAGGGGCAUGGGAGGAAGUAUAAAUCUUGGAAAUUUUAGUAUUGGUGCAGUGAUCAAUUAGCAGUGGAGGCUUAUAAUUGUAGCUUAAACCCUUAUAAAAGGGAUUAGUAAGCCCCUACAUAUUUUUUAAUUCCAGAAAUAUCAAGAUCAUGAAAUAAAAAAAUAAAUAUGCAAACAUUUGUUCUAGUGAUUUUUUAUAUCGCAUCAAAUGUAGUCUACAUUAAACAACUGUUUUCAAUAAAUACAAGACAUUCUGUCCUUUAAUGUCUGUUUCCCCCUACUCCCCACCCCUUUGCUGUCCUGUCUUUUUUCUCAAUACUAAAAUACGCUGUGUUGGUGGUGACACAAAGUAACAUUUCAUAGUUCUAAAGAGCACUGAAAAUGAUUUGGAGGAAAUGUAUCACUCUUCAUUAAAGUAGCCUGAUUUUUGGUCUGGCUUCCAUCAAAACAUGAAAAAGGUAGUUGCUUUAAGGAGAUGAUUUAUUAAAGGAUAAGUAAAAUGACUAAAAGCAACAGCAGCAGUUUUUUCAGAUUUGUAAUGUAAAGCAGAAAGAUUCUUGUGCUUGCUUUAGGUCUGAAACAAUUCUUCCAAAUCAUUUUUGAAGCAAAGAAAGCUAGCACAAAUGGAUAUGCGUGCAAAAAAACCCACCAUUGAGUAUAAAGAUGCAUUACUUAAAUAAUCCUAAAUAUGAAGUCUUCUGAUUAAGGAGAAUCUUGGGGUCAUUCUUACAAGCUAUAUAGCAAUAUGUUCACUAAUGAAAUUUCUCCCAUAGAUGGGACAGCUUCAAAGAAUGUUCUGUAAUUUAAUUUAUUAAAUUGGGGGUUUAGUUUCUUCCAUUUGAUAGAGAUAGUGCUGCUCAUUAUCCUUGAAAGAUAAUGGCUUUAAAUUAUAUUCUUCUAAAAUCGAAUUUCCACUUCUCAUUCUAGAUUUUCAAUAUCCACAAUUCCCAGAAGUGUUUAAAUUUGCUCACUACAGGCCUAGAAUGCUUGAUAGAUUGCCAUCAAGUAACGUUUUUAACUAGAGGUUUUCAAAUGUGGCAGUUUUAAGAUGUGUUGUGCUCCCAGAAUUCCCUAGUCAGAUCUACAUUACAGAUCCAUGGCUUAGGGCCCGGGUACUUACGGGACCGCCUGCUGUUACCUUAUGCCUCCCAUCGACCCAUACGCUCCCACAGAGAGGGUCUUCUCAGGGUGCCGUCCGCCAAGCAAUGCAGCUGGCGGCCCCCAGGGGAAGGGCCUUCUCUGUUGGAGCACCUACCCUCUGGAACGAACUUCCCCCCCCCCCGGUUUGCGCCAAAUAUCUGACCUUCGGACCUUUCGCCGGGAAUUAAAAACUUACUUAUUUAUCCAAGCGGGACUGGCCUGAUUUUUAAAUUUUAACUUUUUGUAAUUUUAUAUGGGUUAUUUUAGGUUGGGUUAAUUGGCGGUUUUAAUUCGGCCAUUAUUGAAUAUGUUUUUUAAAUUGAUAUUUUAACUUUGUAUAUUUUAUUGUUUUUAUCUUUGGCUGUACACCGCCCUGAGUCCUUCGGGAGAAGGGCGGUAUAAAAAUGUAAAUAAAUAAAUAAAAUACACAUGUUAAAGUU